AUGACCAUACCUCUUCACUGUUUGGGUUUCGCUCUUACACCACGCUUUUAUGAUAAAAUAUAUCUUGAGACUCUGGCUCCCGAGGGUUAUACUAGAAAGGCUCCUAAUCUUGACAAAGAAGUUGUAUUGGGUUGCAUGGAAGCUUUUGGGAGAAUAGCUGAAGAUGCUGACGAAGAGAAGAAGUUACGAGAUGAGUUUGCUGAAUUUCAGUUAAAAAAGGGGAUACAUUCUAUGCCUCAGGCUCAUAUUUAUGUUGUCACAGUGGAUGCCAUUGAUUGGUGGUGUGUUUAUGGGUCUCAAACACCUAACUUGGCAGAGGUAGCCAAGAGGGUGUUAGCACAACCUAUCACUAGCUCUUCGGCCGAGAGAGCUUGGAGUACUUAUGAAAAUAUUGUUUCUUUAAAACGGAAUAGACUCAACUGCUCUAGGGCGGACAAGCUAGUAUAUAUCCACUCUAAUCUCCAUCUUAUCUCCAAAUUUAGCGAUGGCUACAAAAUAGGGCCCCAUCGUAAAUGGGAUAUUGAUCCCGAAAAUGCUUGUUUGGAGGAUUCACCCUUAGAGCUAGAGGAGAUGAGGUGGACGGGCUUAGAUUCGGAUGAGGAGGAUGUUAAUGAUGAUGGGAUGCUACAAAGUAAAAGGGAAAGGAUGAUGUGA